AACUGAAUAAAUGUUUGAGAAUAAGACACUUAAUCUCCAUAUUACCAUUUGUAUAAUAAUGGUGACAUUUAAUUAAAGCAAGAUAUGAUAGUUUGAUAUACAUUAAUGUAAUUAGUAUUUCUAGCAAUUUAAUUUGAUCCUCUAGUAGAACACCCCAUUAACACUGAGUUGGUUGCUUGAAUUUGUAAAUUUGUAACGCCAUGCAAUCAUUAAUUUUCCAUAUUUGAAUGAUUUUGUAUUUAUAACAUUGUCUAUUUAAAAGAUUUAUCCUCUUCAUUAAUCUUUCAUCAAGUUAAUUUUCAAGAACAUUAGUAUAGAGAGGAAAAUGAAUGUCUUUGCAAUGAAUAAAUCAUGUUCUUUUGAGACUUCUAGCAUAUCGGCAACCUCAGAAGAAUCUCAUGAAAUUGUCACAAAAACUAAAAAGAUGAAAGAAAAAGUUGUGGAAGGCUCACAGUUGAAGCAACAUGAAUCAUCAUCUGGUGGUGUACUUGUUGAUCUUAAAGUCCACAACAACAACAUGAACACUAAUAGUUCGAAUCUUGAACUCAAACUUUUCAAUUCAACUCCAGCUCGUGCUAGUGAGUCUUCCAACGAAGCAACACCCAAGCAGAGGUGUUCUUCGGAUGCUAGGACUUUCUCUUGUAGCUUUUGCAAGAGAGAAUUCUCCACCUCCCAAGCCUUAGGGGGACACCAGAACGCUCACAAACAAGAGCGGGCUUUGGCUAAAAGACGAAAUGGACUUGUUGAUGUUGUUUCGUCUUUUGGCCCUCCUAAUUAUCACCCCUAUUAUAAUCCCUACUCGAGUUUCAACUCACACAUACCAUUUCAUACUUCUUUUCCAACUCGAUCAUCUCUUGGUCUUCAAGGAGAUUCUUCCAUGAUUCAUAAGCCUACCUCCUAUCCGACAUGGCCAUACUUUUCGGCCUACAAUUUUCGAUUAAACCCUGAGAAAUGGUCGGCAUCAUCAUCAAGCUCAUCAUUUUUUAGAACUGAAAAUGUUCUAGGAAAUAAUAUUCUUGGUGCUUCUUUGGAGAAUUCUCAUUUUGAGAAGAAAAAUAAUACAAAGGGUUUCAGUUUAAUGAAUUCACCAAUCAAUCUUGACGAUAGUCUUAAUGGAAAUAAUCAUACAAAGCUUGGAUUGGGAAAGGAGGAAGCAAAAAAGAAUAAUGAAGAAGAAGAAGAAGAAUCAAAGCUUGAUUUGAAUCUCAGGCUUUAAUUUAAUUUGUUUUGCUAUUUUAUAGAGGUUUAAUUUUUAUUUGCUUUUAUUUAAAGGUGUAGUAUUACAAUUCUAUUUUCUUGUGAUUUGAUUUGAACCCGUAAAUCAUUGUCUUUAUCUUUUAAACCCUUUUUGGAAAAUUUGAAGUUUCAUGUUACCCUAAAGAGA